AUACAUCUGAUAACCAGCUGCAAAUGAACACUUGAGACACGUGAAGGCAGACAGGUGACUUCUCUGUUAGCUUCAACCCAACUUAAGACAAUGACUAACCGUAUGUGUGGAGGGAUGGGGGAGACAAUGGAUUCAGACGAGGAAAUUCAGCAUAUUUGUGAUCUGGUGAAGCCCCAAGUGGAAAAAGAGACAGGACAUAAGUAUGUGAUAUACACAGCACUUAAAUACAGGUCUCAGGUUGUGAACGGAUUCAACUAUGUCAUCAAGGUUCUUGUUGGAGAAGAGGAAUGCCUCCAUCUGAGGGUCUACCAAAGACCUUGGUAUAACUACGAUGUGCAGGAUCCGCCCCCAGAGCUGAAGGGUGUAGAUCAGCACAAAACCAGAGACGAUCCCCUCGUCCCCUUUUAGAAACUGAUAAAAUGAGCUGUUUCUACAGUGAAAUAUGUACAGGCUGCGGUCUCAUAUUAUAAAAUGUUCUGCUGAUUUAUUCUGAAAUGUAUUAACUCUUACAGAUGAAGAUAUUUGGGGGGAAUGCACUAACUGCUAAAGAAACAAUAAAGAUUAAAGCAUUAAAACAA